GAGCGAUGAUAAAUUAAUAUAGUAAUGCGUCCAGUUAAAUAUGAAGUUUAUGAGAGCGGUUCUUCUGAUAAACUAAAUCAUCAUGUGAGUUCGCCAUUGAUAGGUAUUCCUUUCGACGGAAGUAUAUCAGCUGGGAUUCCCCUUGAAAACACGGUUACAAAUUGCAAAACAUAUCUGCGUACAAAUACUCAAAGAAUUCCGACUCGAUUAAGCUCAUUAUGUCCACAUAUUUUUUUAUCGGAAGCUGAGCGCGCUUUUUGGGUCGGUGUUUUUGAUACUGAGACCCUUUUGGCUCGAGCGCGACAUGGAUAUGAAUUUAGUGAAAAUGAAGCUAAAAACGCUCAUCGUUUUCUCUCAAGUCAUUCGUCAACUGUAAAAUAUUCGAAUCUUGAUGAUCUAGAGGCAGAGUUGAAGCAACUUUUAGAAUUAUCCGGAGCUAUGGGCUUAAGAAAAGGAUCAAACCCUAGUAUUAUAUCUGACACAUUAGAAGUACUUUCUGUUUCAGAACUCACAAACGUUGAAGAAUUUUUUACCAUAUUCCAGGAUAGUCUUAAAGGAAAAGGGGGAGGUUUUACGAAAGAGCUAAUUUCUAGGCAUUAUCCAGUUUCGAUUCUUUUAGAUAAGUUGGAGGAAAUGAUUAAUUCCUUAGAGAUUCAGAUGAACCUUUUUUGCACUACUGCUGCUUUGUUAUCGAAUAUUUUUGAUGAUAUUGACAAGCUCCAUAUGACAUUUUGAAGAACUUGAAAUAUUUUUCAUUUUUUGAAAAAUAAUAUCACGUAUCACAAACUCUUUCCUCCUUUUUAAAUAUUUGUGAGAGUGAAGAGCUGUUGAGGGUGACAAUUUAGUAAUGAGUGUACAGUGAUGAUUUUUACUCUAAUCAUUUGUUUUUAAAACCUCCAAA